AUGAUUGAUUCUCCUCGCAAAAACUCAAGUUCGAUCGAGUUAGGCAUCGUGCAGCGAAUAUUUGGAUUUAUCUUGGGCGCCGCAUAUCAAAUGCCAAUGUUUAUGACCUUUGCGUUGUAUCGACUUGCCAAACAUCCUGAAUACAUCCAACCUCUUCGAGGGGAAAUUGCUUCAUUGUUGUCACUUGACCCUGUUUCGGGUAACACCAAGAAGGACAUGCCUCUACUUGACAGCUUUCUCAAGGAGACUGCCAGACUUCACCCUCUUACAAGUGGUAGUGCGGACCGAAAAGUCGUAACACCAUUCACUUUCUCGGAUGGAACUUAUAUUCCCGCUGAUAACUACAUUCGCAUUGCGCAAUAUUCUUUGAUGACAGAUGCGGAGAAUUAUGCCAAGCCAACAGAAUUCGACGGCUUCCGCUUCGUUGUCAACAACGACGAAAUUAACGGAGCUGCGAAUUCCCAGUCCCGAUUUUGCCAGCCGAGCUCUGUAUUUCCGUUCUGGGGAGCCGCUGGCCGCGCAUGUCCAGGCAGAUUUUAUGUCUCGAUGCUUACUAAAAUGAUGGCUAUACAUGUCUUGACGCAUUAUGAUAUCAAGCUUACAGACGAGAAAACAAGACCAACAUUUACUUGGGGUAAUAAUGUCGUGCCUAAUCCGACGAUGAGAUUGCUCAUACGUCGUCGUUGCAGCACAAAUGAUGAAGAAUACGAAAAACCUGCGAAUAUUCCUCAGGAACCUCCCGCUGUUCCCCCCGCUGUUCCCUUCAUAGGUCAUGUCUUCGGGUUUCUCUGGAACAAAAUGAAUUACUUUGAUAAAAUAACCCAGCGGAAUCCGCUUCCAAUCUACACGUUAGCGAUCCCAGGCUGCAAAAUAUACGUGGUAAACUCACCUGAGCUCAUCACCGCCGUGCAGAAGCAAAAGACCCUAGCGUUCGAGCCUCUCGAAGCAAAAUUAGCAAAAAUGCUCUUUCACCCCAGUGUCAAAGGAGGUGAGAUCAUGCAUGCGAAUACGGAUGCUAAGAAAGGUGAGCGGGGGCUUUAUACAGAGGGGGCUGAAACCAUACAUGCUGCUUUGCUUCCGGGGCGUGGUCUUGAUGAAAUGAAUCGCAUCGCAAUUCAAAACAUUGCUGCUUCUUGCGAUAGGCUUGACCUGCGAAACCAUGGCAAGAUAGUGGCAUCACCAGUGAGGAUCAAGUUGAGGCAAUGGCUGCAACAUCAAAUUACCAUGGCGACAACGAAUUCCGUUUACGGCCCGAUGAAUCCAUUCAAGGAUCCAAAAGUUGAAGCGGGUUUCUGGGACUUCGAACGCAAUAUCGGCAUGCUCCUGGUCAAUAUCUUGCCCAGUCUGACAGCGCGAAAAGGUUACCUGGGACGCGCAACAGUAGCCCAAGCAUUUCACGAAUAUUUCUCCCAGAACGGCCACGAAAGCGCGUCUGUUCUCGUGAAAAACCGCUUCCAAAUCUGCAUUGAGCAUGAGCUCCCACUAGAAGACAUUGCGCGAUUCGAAGUCGGCGGCGUGAUCGCAACCACCGUAAGCACCGUGCCAGCGGCAUUCUGGAUGCUUUACUACGUGUACUCCAACCCUGACAUUCUGGAACUUCUUCGUGAAGAGGUCGGCACGAUCUUAAAGACAACCAGUCCUGAUGCCACCCAAGGAACCGUCACGAGGACUUUGAAUAUUACGGAGCUCCGAACAGCGUGUCCGCUCCUCACCUCCUCAUUCCAAGAAACGCUCCGCCACGCCUCCCUCGGCGCAGCAGUGCGGUUCGUCACCGAAGAUACCAUCAUAGACGGGCGGCACCUCCUUAAAAAAGACUCCAUCGUGGAAAUGCCCGCCCACAUCGUGCACUUCGACCCUUCUAUCUGGGGUUCUUCAGUCACCGACUUCGACGCGUCCCGUUUCGUCCCCAGCACCAACGUGAAGAACUCAACGAACGCGACGAACGGGCAAGAGAAUAGGAAGAAAAAGCUUCACCCCGGAGCCUUUCGUGCCUUCGGGGGUGGCAAGAACCUUUGUCCCGGUCGCCAUUUUGCGGCUACGGAGAUUUUGGCGCUGGUGGCUAUGAUGGUUAUGCGCUAUGAUUUGCAUGUUGCUACGACUACAACUGGGUGCUGGGCGCCGUUGACAUCAGCGAAGAGCGGUAUUGCGGCGGCAGUUAGGGAGCCAGAUAAGGAUAUGGAGGUGGAGGUGAGGCUGAGAGAAGGGUAUGAGGAGGGGAGAUGGCAUUUCGGUUGGAAGAGUCGGAAUUAG